AGCGGGGCGGGGCGGGGGCCGGGCGGGGCCGCGAUCGCUCCCGCUGCGGCAGAGGGUCCGGCCGAGGCAGAGGGUCUGACCGAGGCAGAGGGUCCCGCCGCUCCUCGCCAUCCUCGCCAUGCUGCCGGCGCGCCUCCGCCCGGGGCGGCUGCUGUCCGCCGCGCCGCUCCGCCCGCCCGCGCCGCGGGGAGCCGCGGCCGCCGGGGAUCCCGCCCGGAGUCCGGGCACCACCCGCGCUGAGCAGGCUCACAGGGUGGUUGCAAGUUGCAAACCUUCGAAGUUUGACAAAAAAAUCCUCCUCUGGACUGGACGUUUCAAGACAGAAGAAGAGAUUCCUCUGAGGAUCCCGCCAGAGAUGCUAGACAAGGCAAGAAACAAAGCUCGAGUGAAAGCCUGUUACAUCAUGAUUGGGCUCUCAAUUAUUGCCUGUUUUGCAGUGAUUGCUUCAGCUAAGAAGGCUGCCGCACGUCAUGAGUCCUUAACGAGCCUGAACUUGGCAAAGAAGGCCAAGUGGCGGCAGGAGGCUGCGCUGGCUGCGGAGGCGAAGACCAAGUAACUUUGUCUGAAAUGCUGAACAUCCUCGGAACAGCAAAAUUAACUGCUGCUGAGAGCAAUUAGUGAGUUUCACCCCUAAAUGGACAGCUGUAGUAUGCACACCCUAGAGCCAGUAAGAGCAGCUACACCAUCACAAAAAGAAAGGGAAUGGCUCUUUCAUUAGGAAGAUAUUCAGGAUACUUGUUGCAUAUAAUUAAAACUAUUUAGAAUGUUUAAUUAGUUUUAAAGGGGAUGAGGUAGUUUCCUAAGAAUGUCAGGUUAGAUAACCACAAAAUAUUUACACAUAAGAAGUUUUCUGUCUGGUGAGAGUGCAUAGUUUUUCAGUGCACAAAUUGCCACUUGGAACUCAUUGACAUCAAUGCUGUAUUCAAAAAGGUAUUUGCAUUUUUUAGCUUUAAGAAGCAACACUUACUGAAUCACUAAAUAAAUACAGUAAACAUCUGUAAAAUAGGUUUUAUUGGUUUCUGUAUGGUAUUUGGAGAUUUAACAUUCCAUAAUAUUGCAUACUACUUAUAUGUGUUCUGUUACAGUAAUGGGCCUUUGGCCUGGAUUUAAAGAUGCACUAUUUGAAGUUAAUACAGGUAAUUUAGUUUUCCCACAUUAUAAAUGUAAGACAUUGUGCCAUAAGUAACUAGAAUUUCUCAUUCCAGAUUUCAGUGAAAUCUCGAGGUCACACUUUAAGUCCACGUAUCAAUUCGCAGACCUAUUACAAAAAUCCUCAGCUGUACAAUUUAAUAAAUUUAAACCUACUGAGAAUUAACCAUGGAGGAAAGCAAUAGUGCAUCUUUACUAUUUUUUUAAAGACAGGCCCAACAAUAAAUAGUUUCCAGUUGCAAACUUGUUCUACAGCAAACAUUUCUGUGCCAACAUUAUUACUAUUUUCUGAUUGCUGCUAGGAACAGUGUGUAAAGCAAAUACUAGAAAAUUAAAAAGCUGUAUGAACCAAUCCUCAGACAAAAGUGCAAUGAUGAAAAAAAUACGUAUGAUUCAGUGUAACAAGAUUAGGGAACUAAUAAAAAAAAUCUUAUGCUCUGCAUAGUUGCAUAGAUUAGCUAGUUAGUAUUCACAUUUAAGCAGAACAAAUGGUACCCUUUCAAUUAAACUCAAACCCCUGUAUUUUUAAACAGACUAUGUAACUGAUGGGGCACUUCAGAUUGCAUAUAAAAUUCCAAACUUAAAGAGGUUUUCAUAUCACAGUUUUGUUUCUCUCUCCAUACUAGUUUCAGCUGUUUAGGUAUCAUCAUAAUCAUGCCCCUACCUGCAAAUGAGUACACCAGAGCUGACCUUAUGUCAUAAUCUCUGGUUUUAUUUUGUUCAUUUAUAUGCUUCUAACAAAGCAUGAUAUAAGCCCAGUAAUAAAAUAGGAGAGACAUCCUUUAAACAAUUUUCAUUAUUAUUUUUAACAAUAUCAGGGCAAACCAAAUGUUGAGUUUAAAUAAAGAUUUUCGUCAUCCUAAUCCAUCAAGUUUAGUUCCCUUUCAAACUGUUCCAUUUAAAUGUAUCAGAGGCAUGAAAUAUAGUUUGUCUAAAUGUGUAAAGUGCAGUCACUAACCGUCCACAAGAUAGAAUAAUAUAUCCACACAACUGAAGACAUUCUUUCAAAACAAAUAUAAUACUUUAAAUCUCCCCUCUUUUCUUCACUUUCAAGUCUUUCUAUUAAGAUUUUCAUAGUUCAGAUUUGGUUUAAAUAAGAGAGGCUUAUAAAUGUAGUUUUACAGGGUUCUCCAAAUAAAAAGCAGGCACAGCUGGUUGUUAUCAAAACAAGGUUGUUAGAAACAAAGGAAUACCCUGUUACCUGAAUAUUUUUCUUACACUAGAACACUGAAAUUCAGCAUUUGCUAGUAACCUUGGUAGAUUUUCAUGAUUGUUACCCUGUUCUUUGAUGGGGAGUGGGGAGAUCAUGGGAAAGAAAGAGGGUUGGUGUAUGAAAACCUAAAACUAUGAGAGUAAAAAGGGCAUAAGUACAAUCACCUAACAUUGUAUGAAAAUUUGGCAGCUGUACUCAAUAUUAUCAGACUAUUCAAAACUGCUGUAUGCUGUACAAAUCUAGGUUUAAAGUGUCAUUUGCUAAAAUAUCUCAUUAUUCAGAGUUCAUAAAGUAACAGCACUCCUAUAUACACUUCUUACACUUCUAUCUUCCACUAAAAAGACUUCAAAGGGAGGUUGCUUCCCUCCCAGUUAUAUCUUAGUCAAAACUGACCAUUAAUUUUAGAAAAUCCACUUCAAGUCCCACAUUCAAUUACAAUAUAGAAUAUAUUGCUGUAACAUCAAAGUGAAACAUUUCAGAAUCUUAACUUGCAUGUAAAAAAAAUUCUAAAUAUAAAAUGGUACUGUAAAUGAUACCACCUUUAACCUGUAUUUUUCAGUGCAUUAAAAUAUUAUUUAGUGACAAGCACAGUGCCAUGGGUAAGUGAUUUGAAGUUUGAAUUGCAGCCUUUUAUGAAGCAUGAAAUGCUCUCAUAUGUCACAGAUUUCACUUAACCCAGGAGUUUGAUGUUAAUACAUUAAUUACAGGUAAUAAAAAAUACCAAUACUUCAGAGUUAGCCCAAAGUAUUAAUUUCUCCAAAUGAGAUAUACUACUAAUACACCAGAAACGCUACUUAUAUGCAAGUCAAAGCAGAGCAUACAUUUUUCUGUACUCAGAACUGUUAGCGUAAAUAUUAGAAUUCUGUAUCUUUUAGUGUUUAACUGCAAACACUGUAUAUUGUAGAGCCUAAAUAUUUAGAUGACAGUAACUUCUAGUUAGUUUUGGUGUCCACAUACUUAAUGCUAUUUACAGUACAACAAACUUUUCCUUCAACUGGUGUGAUUCACUAUUCGUUUUUCACUGCAGUAUUUCUACUGUCUUACCAAAAGCAAACCAAAUUCAUUAACCAAAGGAACAAUUCAAGAGGCAGUAGCAUACUUGGUCAAAAAAACAACACCUACUGUCUAAACUUUUAAGAAGCUAUUGUACUAAAAGGCAAACAUUGCAAUGUUUCUCAAACUAAGGUGGUGUUACCACAUCUUGACAGAAGACAGCUGUAAAACAUCAGCCUGGUGAUUGGUGCACAUCACCCUUCUGUCAGUCCUAAUUGCAGCUUUCUUGUGGUAACUGCAGCGGCUGCUUCCACUGUAAAGUACUGCAGUUGUGGCUGACUUGUAAUGCCAUUUAGCAGCUUUCAUUACACAGCCAACAUCUAAUGACCAGCAAGGUCUCUGCUGAUUCCAAUUUGAAAACCUCUGAAAUAGUCCUCUUCCCACAUAAUUCAGAAAGAACUUUUUCAUAUAUUCAAUAUUAUAUUAGGUAAUUAGCAUUAUAUAUGUAUAUCUAUUAUGUCUUUAAAUACAUUUUAUAAAUAAAUUCCAACAGUGUGUUGUAAAGUAAGUAAUGCAUAACAGUUUCACAAUUUAAAUAAAUAUUUUUCACAUUCCAAUUCAGCUUCUUACAAGCUCAUCUUUAUUUCAUGCCUUAGUUCUGAAGCAAUGUUUCUGCUUCAAUACAAGAGGUAGAUUUGAUAGAGACUGGGCAAGUCAAGCCUACUGCCAAAAAUUCAACUGUCAGUAACUGUAUUGCUGAUAUGAAGUUUGAGACUACAUGAAAAAUUCAGAACUACUACCUAAAAUCCUACCAAGUCUUAGCUAAACAGUUCUUGUUAAAUCACAUUUAAUGCUUUUAGACAUGAUUACUCACAGUUUUUUUUCUGUACAUAAGAGAUAAUGAAGAACACAAAUACAAAACAGAGAACAUUUGUCUCUAACACAAUAUAUAAAAGUGCAUGAGCUGUUUCUUCAUCUAUUUCUGUAAAACAUUUUCAGCUUUUCCUCUAACUUUGGCCAUGAAGAAAAGACCUCUGAGAAAAAAAACCCAAACCAUACAAGUGUUUAAAUUUUAUGCUUAUAUUCACUUCAGUAGUUUAGA